AUGGAUGAAGAGUUGGUUGACGCUUUGCCUCUGGACGACACGGUCGGAAGCCACGACGACACGUCCGAGACUGUGCAGCUGGACCCUGAAGGGGACGCAAUCCUCAUCGUCAAUGGCUCAGGCUGCACCAAGAGCUUCCUCGUCUCUUCCAGAGUUCUGAGCUUGGCAUCGCCAGUCUUCUCCAGGCUGUUUGGCCCUAACUUCAAGGAGGGACAGGAAACUCGACGCGGAGACCGCCCAAGCAUCAGAUUGGAAGAAGACGAUCCCAAGGCGAUGGAAGUGAUUCUUGGUAUCCUCCAUUACCAAUGUGCACAAGUCCCAUUGAGAAUGGAGCCUGAAGCACUCGCUACCCUUGCGAUUCACUGCGACAAGUACGACUGCAAUGUGGCUCUGAGGCCAUGGGCUGCUCACUGGUGCAGUAACUUUGGAGGCAGGUACCAUGAAGAGGGCACUGCGACUGAAGACCUUGGAUUCAUGCUGCUGGCUGCAUACAUGUUUCGCUCACCACGCUUCUCUGAGAUUUCCGCCAGAGCUGUGAGAGAGCUACCACCAGGCUUCGCUUCCGCCUGGAGGGCUCAUGAAGAACUGGCACUCCUGCCAGACAGACUCACAGCUGCAUUGUCUGAUAAGAUCGCCGAGGAGCUGAAGAAUCUGCACCAACAGCUGCAAUCCACUGAAAGAAAAUUGCGGCUACAUAAGGCCUACUAUAAGAUGCCUGGUCAUAACUGCAUGAGUUGUGGCAGAGACCUCCCGGCAGAGGCAAAACAAUGCCGUCGAUGUGGCACUACCGAAUUGUUCAAGAAUGCCUGCACCAGCGAGUAUAGGGUGGCGGAAUACUUCGCGAUUCUGAAACGGUUCGAGCUGUGGCCCUCUAUAGACCCCUUCACCACAAAAUCUCUCUCGGAUAUCAUGCAUCAUUUUGAAUGCGCCGAGAUGGACCAUAAUCAUCAGUGUGGAGCGAAUGAGGGUUGUCCUCUCCUACAUGAGCUGGUCCAUAUGUAUCAUCUAACAUUGGAAGCUCUUGACGACAUAGAGGGAAUAUCCUUGGAAGAAAUAGGUGUGAGUUGA